AUCUCUUAGUUGGUCCCCCUCAGGGGACAAACGAGAAGGUUCCAAAGCUCAGGCCGGGGAUGAAAUAGUGUCCCCUGCGCCUGAGACAGAAAGUCCUUCAUGAUCGGAAUCGCGCAGCCAAGGAGUGAUAUUAUCUCUGAGAACCAAAUUCUGGUCGGUCAACGAGGUUUGGUAUUUGUUAAGCUUCACCCCCAGAAGCAAACCUCAGAGAUUUCCUGUGUAUGUCAGAAUUUCUAUAUUAAAAUAUGCACCCUUGAGAUCGACUGUGACAAACCAAUCUUUGUGUUGGAUCUGAGACACAAUCAUCUUGAUCGUUAGCAUCUUGAACUUGUAAGUUCUGGGGAAACGGUUCAGACCGCAGAGAUCUAAAUCGGACGCAACUGAACAUUCAACCUGCUGAUUGAGAGACUUUCCCCACAGCGUAGGCUUUUUUUUACUGACGAUGAGCUCCCAGGGGAGAGAUAGUCCAUGAGCAUCUCUUCAACCUGAGGCAUCAUCAUAUAACCACGUACCCUUGCACCCACGAAUAGUCGUGGGCCACGAUAGUCAAAUAACUUGAUGUUGAAGGCACAAAGACAUGCAAUGUAUUGUUUCCCCCAUUAAUGAGUUAAUUUGUCAUCCUACAUUCUAACCUGAAUGAGAUGUUCUUCUUGGUAAACUAGACAAUAUAAUAUGCAGUCAACAAGCAUGCUUUAGACCAAUUUAGAAAUAGUAACCAGACAAAAGCUAUACUAAAACAGGAUGCACUCCGUCAGUUUUGAUUCUAACUGGUCUAAUCACCAUAAAAACUGUGUGUGACAUACUGUAGAUUGCAUGCCAUGCAGUCAUGUGGGUGGCUUUCUGUGGGAGAAAGUAAGAAAAUCUCAUCCUACCUUCUCAAAAAGUCAUCAUUCUAACCAGCUUCAACAGAUGAGGUGCUAUAGACUCAUUUGGUAAAGUGUUUGCUACUCUGUUUGGGGUCUGAAAAACUAGAUCUUUUCCUUUCUAAAAAUACCAACUAUAUCUAUUUUAUUCAGUGAAAUUGUAUUAGAGGGAGAACGUGGAAAACCAAGGUUUUUAUCACAUUUGAAUCAAUCUUUUCAACUUUAUUUUAUCUGUUAUUACAAUUUGAUUUGAUACAAUAAGGAGGACACUGUGUUUUUCUGGCUGAAAAACACACAUGAGCAGGAUAAAUUGCAAGUUCUUAAGAUGUCAUCUAUUUUUAGCUACUGAAGAGUUAUUGUACGUUAUAAUAAGGACAUAUUUGGUUGUGUGUGUGUGUGUGUGUAAACUGCUCAGUGGAAAAAUAAUGGAAGGAUUCACAGAAACCAGCACAGGCCAAUUUAAUAUGAUAAAUUGUUUUGUUUCUGCUGCUGAUAUUUUGUUUGGAGACUUUUUAGAAAUCUUUUUUCCUCUGCAUUUUUGAGGGGAGUUUACAUUAAUAAUGUAAAUUUGAUCAUUUACAUUAUUAAAUGUAAUAUGAAGAAUUAUAGUUAUUCUCAUGGCACAGUCUGUAGAAGUUUGUCUCAUGUAAUGCAAAAAGUCAUUUGGGUAGUUAAACAUCAAUUAUCUAAAAGAUGAAAAAACACCCUGCUAACAAAUAUUGGUUCCCAGAAUCCCUUGUAAAUAUUAACCCUGGUUUUACUAUAAAUAAAACCAAAAAGCCACGGUUAUUGUAGUUAAAACAUGAUAACCACAAAUUAACCAUAAUCAUUCGGGUAAUACACUUUUACUAUAAUAAAACUAUGGUUUGUUUCCUUAAGGGAUGUUGUAGUUACUUUAUUUUAUUGUUGUACAAAAUAAAACCUAAAUAGAACGUUCCUAGAACUUUGCGGGUACAGUAUAUGGAGUAUGGUAUUAUUGGUAUGCUUAUCUAAAUCUAUUAUACAGUGAUAUAUUGGAAAUAAUUUAAGUAAGACAUGCAGCACGAAACGGCAUUCGCCGUCAGAUGGCGCUGUGGUUCUGAAAAACCGUUGAAGGCGUGAGUUGAUACUAUCUGAAAGUCUGUAAAUGCUAAGGCUGGAGUGUGUAAGAGUGGUGGGCGGACUAUUCCAGUCCGUGUGUCUCUGUGCGUGUGAGCAGAUCUACUGUCAUUCAUGGGGAUCAUGUAUGGAGAUGGAGACAGGCUCGGACCUCCCCGGAGGGACUGCAUGUGCUACCUGGGACCCCCGACCACCCUGAUACCCAUCGGAAUGCGUAGAUCUCCCGAGGUGAGUCCCAGAAGGCUGUCCGACAUCAGCCCCCAACUUCGCCAGCUCAAGUACCUGGUUGUGGAUGAAUCGAUUAAAGAGGACCUGAAAUCAUCUCGAUCAGUUGAGGACAUCAACAGCGCGUCCAUCGAGGAGAGGAUCUUGAGAAUCACGGGCUAUUAUGGCUACCAGCCCUGGAAUGCCGUUUACAAGAGGGAGGAGCGUCCGAGGGAGACCGCCAUGGGCACCGCCGACGGACAGGCGAUGGUGGGCGGAGCGGGGGUGGAGUCAGGGACGGGGAAGCAGAGAUUACGCUGCUGCGUGCGAGUGACUGCCGUCCAGGUGCGAAAAGCAAUAUGGGGCGUUGCCAUGGUGAUAUGCGUGUGCUCGUCAUGGGCGGGCUCCACCCAGCUGGCCAAGCUGACCUUCAGGCAGUACGACGCACCCUUCACUCUCACAUGGUUCGCCACCACAUGGAACUGCCUCUUCUUUCCUCUGUAUUACGCUGGCCACCUGUGCAAGAGCCCCGAAAGACAGACACCAAAACAGAGGUUCAGAGAGUGCUGUCGGUUCUUCGGGGACGACGGACUAACAGCGAAAGUGUUCUUCACUAAAGUGGCCCCUUUCGGCCUGCUGUGGAUUCUGACAAACUACCUAUACCUUCAGGCGCUGAGAAAGAUCAACAGCACCGAUGUAUCUGCCCUCUUCUGCUGUAACAAAGCCUUCGUCUUUCUCCUGUCCUGGAUCGUGCUGCGGGAUCGCUUCAUGGGCGUCAGGAUUGUUGCUUCCAUUCUGGCCAUCGCUGGAAUAGUGAUGCUGACCUACGCUGAUGGCUUUCACAGUCACUCUGUUAUUGGCAUAACACUUGUAGUGGCCUCUGCAUCUGCCUCUGCCCUCUAUAAGGUGCUUUUCAAGCUCGUCUUGGGCAGUGCCAAGUUUGGAGAGGCGGCUCUGUUUCUAACCAUUGUUGGUGGUGCAAACUUUGUCUUCAUGAGCUUUGUGCCAGUUAUACUGUACUUCACACAUGUUGAGUACUUCACAUCCAUAGCUAAUCUUCCUUGGGCCUACAUGUGUGGAGUGGCUGGACUCUUACUAGCAUUCAACAUGCUGGUGAAUUUUGGCAUUGCCAUUACAUACCCGAAGCUGAUUUCACUUGGCAUUGUGCUGAGUGUCCCUGUUAAUGCAAUGGUGGACCUGUACACCUGUGAUAUCCACUUCAAUACAGUGAGACUCAUCGCUGUGUUGAUCAUCUGUCUGGGCUUCCUAAUGCUGCUGUUACCGGAGGACUGGGAUCAGUGUUUAAUUGAGCUCGGCACCAAACUCAAAAAGCGGGAACAGCCUGUUGAACCGGUUGAGACCGGAACCAGCUCAGGACUCAACUGGACCCGACGGGCCAGGACCUCCAUGUCCACAUUUCCUCACUGACCCACAAACCUUCUCCCGUUCUUAUUCCAGAGACUGGAUGAUGCUGGGAAGGGCACUCAUUCCCUAAUAUUCCUCAGUCAACGAGACUCUGUAGGCCAUCAUUUACCCUCAUGCACAUUAUAACAGACAAUUUCCAAACGCCAAACCUUUGUUUAGCACAUCUUACAACUGUAAGUGGAUUGGAACAAUGACUUGGGUCUUAGAACUCAAGAGCAGGGGUCUCAAACAACUGACCUACGGGCCAAAUUUGGGUUAUCAAGUUUUAAAUUUGUCCUUAAAUAUAUAUAUAUAUAUAUACAGUAUAUAUAUAUAUAUAUAUAUAUAUAUAUAUAUAUAGAUAUAUAUAUAUAUAUUUAUAUAGAUAUAGAUAGAUAUAGAUAUAUACCAUUUAUAGACUAUCGUUUUUUUUUAAUUUUUCAUAUUCUAAAUAAAACCUUUACUAUUUACGUUUUAUUUUAUUUCAAUCAAUAGUGUUUAAUUUUUUUAUUUUAUAUAUUGUUGUAAUUUAAUGUUUAUUAUAUAUUGCAAUUUAAUUUUAUACAUUUCUUAUUAUCCACAUGGCUUUUACAAGCCUAAAACUUGAAUGUAAAAGAACAACUGUAGCCCGUUUAAUAAAAACAAGCGAACGGCACAGAAAAUAAGUCAAAGUCAGAAAAGUUUGAGUUGCAUGCAUCUACAUCAAACUAGAUUCAAACAGGAGCGGUUUACACAGGGAAAAGUCUUGGCAAUAAGUCUUCAGUAGAUAGAAGUUGCUAUUUUUGAUGCACUACAGCUACUCCAGACACUUUAUUCACAAGAUGUAAACAACACUGGUCCAGAAGCACUUCCUGUUUCAGUUUGUAACUGUUUUCUUUAUUUCAA